CAUAGCAUAUCUUCACGCCAGGUCUCGCCACCACCUCCGACCUCGCCAGUCGCCGCACGCGGCGCCUAGGCUCUAGGCGCGGCCUCUCCUCUGUUGUUCUGUUGCCGGAGGCGUCGAUCGAUCACGUGCGCGCAUCCAUGGCGGGGCUGCAGCGGUCCAGCGGCACGUUCCGGCGCUCUGGCUCGUCGGGGAUGGUGUGGGAUGACGACAGGAACCUCUCCGGGGAGAUCAGGCCGUCACCGGGCCGCCGCGACGACGGACCUUCGCCUCCUGCGCGGGUGCAGCGCAGCCGGUCGAGCGGGCACGGCGGGUACAGGGCGGGCGCCGGCCGCGUCUCGCCCGCGCUCGACCCGCCGUCGCCGCGCGUCGGCGUCUGCGGUUUCUGCGGCUUCUUCGGCGGCAAGACCGGGAAGAAGAAGAAGAAGAGAGAUGGCGGCAAGGACAAGUCCAAGGUUAUCCCGAGGGCCGCCGCCAACCGUUCCCCAAAGGCGAGGCGAGCUAGCGGCUGAUCCAUUCAACCUCCCGGUUUCCGCUGCCACUGCAGUAUGUACAAAAUUCCGUAGUUUCUUUCCAUUCCUGUUGAUACCGAUUGUCCUUUGUAUAGGUGGCGAUAGUACUGCACAGCACGACAGAGUUAUAGAACCACCACACAUGUAUGAUCUAUAGAGGAUACAUUAGAGUUGCAGGCAUCGUGUUUGAGCCUCCAUGGAUUCUAUUCGAUCGCUCGAUUGUGCAGUCUUC